AACCACGUGACCGCUGUAGUCGCCUGCUAGGAGCUGUGCAGCAGCAGCGGGACGAAUGACGGCUCUGUAGAGGAAGUUACUGGGUGCAGCUGUGCUAGAAUGUAACCUCACACGGGUGGGCAACCUUAUCGCAGCACGGGAGAGGAAGCAGGCUUCAUGGAUAUUGUGGACACCUUUAACCAUCUGAUACCCAGUGACCAGUUGGAUGAGUCCUUAACGUUGAGUCAGAAUUUGGAAUGUGAAGCUGGUAAUGAGUUUGGGUCAGGAUCCAGGCUGGACGACUCUCUAAAGAACAUGCUCAGUGAUAAAGACCCCAUGUUUGGAUGUGCAAGCACUCAAUUCAAUCUGCUGGAAAAUGAGGACCCCGCUUUUCACAUUGCUGGUUCAGCAAGUCCACAUAGGGAUUCAGAAUCUGCAGGCCUCACUAGUGAAGUAAAUAAACAUAUCGCUGGCGAGCAGAAGAACGACCAGAAGAACCAGCCCAACAAUUUAGGCUACGAUCAUAAAGGUGACAGGCAGCCCAGGAUGUCGAAGAACACGUUAAUCAGAGGACGACCUGGAAGGCGCCACAAAUGGCUAAGCAAGUCAUUUCUUAUUGAGAAAGGAGUUAGAGGUACAGAGCAGAAGAAAAAGUUGACUCUGGGAGGGCGUAUUAACAUCAGUGAUCUUGACAGUGGUUCAUGGUUGAAUCCCGCCGUCGUAUUGAGGCGUCUGACAGUCACAAUUGGCGGAUUUAAAAUCGAGCUGCUUCCAGGACCCUCUUACACGCAAAGCCUUGACACAAGUGAGCCAGCAGGCUUUGAGGACGGCUUUUCUUAUGGCGGCGACGUCGGUAUGGCCAUUUUGCCAGGUGAUGCUGUCUGCAUGCAUAAUCCAGUACAAGAAACCCCGACACCCGAAAAAGUGUCAGAAAUGGAUGUUGCGGAGAAGAGCUUGUCCGAUGACACAAAUCUCGGUUUAGGCCCGUAUGUGAACCCAAAUGACGUGCAAACCUCGAACGGAACAUUACCAGAAACCGCCGCGACGCAGGACACGAAACACGAAGACAAGAAGGCCCCGGUAAAAAAGAAACGGCCAUUCCACAAAGGCAAAGAUGGCGUCAAACAUCCACUGAGCAUUCAGAAUAACAUAGCCGAUGAAGAUAACAAGACCGAUGGGAAGGAAAAGCAUCAGACUGCAGCCAAAACACCACCCAGGCCUAAACAAGGACCGACCCUGAGCAAGAGCAGGGAGUUGGCUUCGUCUAAACCAAGCCACACAGAUAAGGAGCACAAAGUAACCCUGGAUAAGCCACCCAAAACCAUCCAAAGAGAAGACCUGCACAAAAUGAAGUCUGUGAAGGACAAACAGGAUGUUUCUCCUUUGAAAAGGCACUCUGAGAACGCACAGAGUGAGCAUGCUGCUAAGGCCCAAAAGCUCCACGGCGGCGGCGAUGAUAAAACGAAGCCGAAGUCACCGGGUACACCGAGCUCGGGGGCCAAAAAGAUGCCGUUACCUGCUAACCGCGCUGGUGACCAUCAGGGACCGGCUAAACAAAGUAAUCCUCAUCAUAGCUCAAAAGCUGAGCACCAUCAUCAUGCCCACAGUAAUCCUGGCAAUUCUCUAAAAACUCAAGAGGGCGGGCAGGAGAAAGUUAAAAAGCCUGAAAAAAUUCCCCAGAAGCAGAAAAGCAGGAACUCGAGGAGCAUCUCUUUGGACGAGCCGGAGCUGUUUGUCCCAGAUAACGCCCCCCCUGUGAAGAAGGAGACGGCCGAGGAGCCGCCCGCUGACGGCGAGAGCGUUUGGGAUGGGAACAACUGCUGCGGCCUGUGUAAAAAACACCACAACAACAUGUUUAUGGUCGGCUGCGGUCGCUGUGAAGACUGGUUCCACGGAGACUGCGUUGGCCUGGACCUUGCCAAAGUGCGCGAGAUGGAGGAGGAGGACCAGAUGUACGUGUGCUUAAAAUGCUGCGAGGAGGAGAGUAAGAGCGUGGACCCUGAGCCCUCAGAGGUCAAGCCAGAAGCUCCCGAGGAGCAGGAUCACAAGCCGCCUCACAAACCCUGCCCCGCAUCCUCCCAGCCGCUGGCAUCAGGUGGCGUCAGACCAGUAAGAAAGGAUGCAGAAAGGAGGCAGUACACCGAUAUCAAAGAAGCAGCUCAUAAAACAGGUAGUCUGUCCAAACACGAAACUAAAAGUAAGGCUCCGUCUUUGACCUCCAAGAAACCUGUGUCUGUGGAGGCAAUCCGGCGGAGUGUGCGCGAUUCCCUGAAAGAAAUCCUCACACAGAGGUUGAAGGAUUCUGACCUAAACAUCCCAGAGGAGAGAGCCUCUGAAGUUGCCAAGAAGACGGAAAGGGAGCUGUUUCACCUUUACAAAGACACGGACCAUAAAUACAAGAACAAGUACAGAAGCUUGAUGUUUAACCUAAAAGAUACAAAAAACAAUGUUCUGUUCAAAAGGGUUCUCAAAGGGGAAAUUUCUCCUGGUAACCUGAUCCGCAUGAGUCCAGAGGAACUGGCCUCCAAAGAGUUGGCCGCCUGGCGACAGAGAGAGAACAGACACACUAUUGAGAUGAUUGAAAAAGAGCAAAGAGAAGUUGAAAGACGACCCAUAACUAAGAUUACCCACAAAGGUGAAAUUGAAAUUGAGAGCCAGGAGCCGAUGAAGGCUCCGGAGCCUGUAGAGCUUGACCCUCUCCCCAAAGUGACUGAAGAGGUACAGGAACCGCCCAAAAUCCCAGAACAAAAAGAAGAGAGCACCAAGAUUGAGAAAGACACUACAAACCAGCACAAGUCUCACUUAUUUGAUCUACAUUGCAAAAUCUGCACAGGUCGUAUGGCGCCCCCAGCGGAAGAGGCCCAAACAAAAGUUGCCAAAAUUGCAACCACAGUGGUGCGGAGGCAGUCGGCUAAAUCAGACGAGGGGAAGGGCACGCCACCUCCUCCAAUCGACGACGACCUGCACCUUACUGUUUUAGAGGAGAGCUUCAGAAAUGCCAAAUCAGGCUUUGACACAAGGUCAGAUCUCGCAGCUGGAAGAGACGAAGAAGUCGCUUUCCUUUCUAACUUGAAGCCCUUGUGGCGCGGAUUCAUUCAUAUGCACUCAGUGGCGAAACUGGUGACAAAAUCCUUUCCUGUCUCGGGAAUUUUGGACAACCUAUCGGAGGACCUUCCUGACAGCAUCCAGGUUGGAGGAAGGAUAAGUCCUCAAACAGUGUGGGACUAUUUAGAGAAGAUUCGGGCAACUGGAACAAAAGAGGUGUGCCUGGUCCGCUUCUCCCCCGAGACAGAAGAGGAUGAGAUCUCCUACACUCUUCUUUAUGCCUACUUCAGCAGUCGUAGGCGUUUUGGGGUGGUGUCCAAUAACCUGCGGCAAGUGAAGGAUAUGUAUCUCAUUCCCCUCGGUGCCACAGAGAAAGUUCCCCAUCAGCUCGUUCCCUUUGAUGGGCCAGGCUUGGAAAACAACCGUCCCAACAUCCUCCUAGGACUCAUCAUCCGCCAGAGACCGAAGAGAGAUUUUCUUACAGUUGACGUGAAUGAAUCUGCAAGGAUUGUCCCAGAAAUCAAGCCCAUCACGGUUCCCCCCAAGGUUACAAGAACCACCGACGAGGAGGAAAAACUGUUCCUGUCCUCUUUGACCGCCCCGCUGAAAAAAGAGGCGGAAAAACCCCUGGAUACUAACGAAGACGAGCCUGCCGCAGAGUCCUCCGAAGAACCGGCCGCACCGGAGGAGCCCAGCAACCAGGAGCCGCAGAAGCCGCUCCGCUUUCUUCCAGGUGUCUUGGUCGGGUGGGGCGGGGAAUUGCCUCCUCUGCCAGAUGCCGGAGAUAAACCUGCGACAACAGGACACGACACCCCGAAGACCGAGCCCGCUCCCAAAACAGAUGCAUCAGCCGGCGACUCCAAGGGUCCGCCAGCUGCCGCCGUCUCUCGCUUUCUCAUCAGGAAGAGAGAAACCAAAGCCGUUAAAGCCGAAGCGGAGCUACCUCGUCCCGCCGAUGCAUCUGCCGCUCACAGCUCAGCGGGGAAAGUUUCCCCCGUAGUGGCUCACCGCGCAUCAAUCACGCUGAAAGAUAAACCCCCAGACGUGUCGACCGAAGCGUUCCUGGCGAGCAUGUCGGCGCGUCCGAGUGGCACCGACGCCGGCGGUUCUGCCUCGGCAAACAAAGGCGGCCCUGGCCCAUUGUCUGAAUCUGCAAAGGAAACAAGCGAAGGCAAUUCUCUGCCGGAGUCAGAAUCCCAGGCUGCUGCAGAUAACACGCAUUUCUCAAAAGCCCCUUUAAGUGGAAUACUGAAAAAAUCUUCGGCCUAUUCCUCGGAGAACGAAGAUAAAGCGACGGCGCUACAAAAGGAUCAAGCCAGCCUUCCUGAUGUCUCAGGUCCUAAACCAGUCCCUGUGUCAAGCAGUAUUAAAAAGGAUCCCCUGUUACCAUUUCACCAAGGCUAUUUACAGCUCUCACAGGCCAGGCACAAGCUGGAAGACAUGAAUCAAACUAGUAAAUCGUUGGCCAAUAAGAAGGAUGAUCCCGGCCUGAGUCGCCCUGGCGCAGCAGUAACUCAAACCCCGAAUCCUCCGCACGUCCAAGGUCCUGAAGAUUCGUCGAGCGCAGAAGCCGCUGAGCCGGUCCCGGGCAGCUGCAACAACCUAGGCGCCGCAACUUCUAACACUACGUCCAGCUUGAACACAGCAGACCAGAAUGCUCCGGACGGCACUUCAGAGGCGCCUCCUCAGCACCCUGAGAGUCUCUCAGAGCCAGCCAGCCACAUAACACACGGGGUCAGGGAGCAGAAACUGCUGAACGAGCGGUACACCGACCCGUGGGAGAGGGGCCGCGCCCAAGAAGACAGGGAUCACCACGGCCGGCACGGCUACCACGAGAAAAAGAGCCGGCACCACGACAGGGAGCGGGAGAAAAGGCACCGGCACGGCGAAGACGACAAGUACAGGGAGAGGAGCCGACACCACGGACACUCGGACGACCGGCACGGCGAAAGGAGGAAAGAGAGGCACCACAGCACCGAGUACAGCAGCCAUCACAAGGACAGACACAGGCACAGGCAGGACUCCGACUACGAGAAUGGACGAAGAAGCUCAAAAGACAGCUAUUCAUCGUAAUAUUAUGGCUUUUUUGUUUUUUUGUUUGUUUUUUUAAAUCCCCGCUCAAGAGCGUUUUGAGUUCUUAAGCUUCUUAUCCGUGUCUAUCACAUGGCCGGUACACUUUUCUACACUGGCAAAUGAGUUAUUUUAUACAAGAGCAGAGUCCCGUGUUAUGGGUUUGAUGGUGCAGCCAAAUGAGGUCCUGACCGUUUUUAUUUAAUUCAGACCAACUAAAGACUGAAUAGCGGCACGGUUUUCAACAGAUCUACCCUGUCUGUAUCUGGUUUCUGUAACGCUGCUGUACCAUCAGUCUCCUGGUCACAUGCUACUGUGUGGACCAAUCAGUGAACACCAGAUGAGCUUCACCUUUUAGCUUGAAUGUUAAGCAGAAUAUUUAAUUAAGGACGACCUAAACAGCAGCUUUGUGCUUUUUUUCUUUUUUUUCUAUUUUAAUUUCUUUUAAACUGCUUGAAUAUUUUAUAAGCUGAUUUUCAGUUAAAGUAUGUACAUUUUGCCUUGUAAUAUACAUUAGAGAUGCGUGCCUUUGCACCGUGUGUUUAUGUACAGUUCAUAAUAAACUAAUCCUUUUGUAUUGGUGAUUAUUA